AGUGUUGUUAGUACAUAGGACAGAUUUCACAGAAUCCUCUAGUUAUUUAAGGCAUUUUACUUCUUUUACUUUGCCUUAUUAUUUCCCACUCAUCUCUAUUGAUCAUCAACUGGAUCAUAUCCCUCCUCCAUUUUUGUAACCUUUCUCAUUUCAAUUCCCCACCUAAUUCUUCUAACAACAAUGGCAUUGUUAAAAAAAAAUGCAAAGAGUUUCAUUAAACUAAUUUCAAUUAUAUGCUUUUUACAAGUAACAGCUCUAAAUGGACAACUUAGAGUUGGGUUUUAUUCUCAAAGAUGUCAUAAUGUUGAAUCCAUUGUUAGCUCUGUGGUUAAAGAAGCUUCUCAAAGAGAACCAAGAAUGCCAGCCAUGUUACUUAGACUCCAUUUCCAUGACUGCUUUGUCCAGGGUUGUGAUGGAUCAAUUUUGAUUGAUCAUGUUAAACAAGCUGAAAAAAAUGCAUUUGGUCAUGAAGGCCUUGAAGGAUUUGCAGAGAUCCAAAAAGCCAAAACUCAAUUGGAAGCUAAGUGUCCUGGUGUUGUAUCUUGUGCAGAUAUUGUUGCUUUAGCUGCUAGAGACGCUGUCGUCUUGGCUGGAGGACCAUUUUAUGAAGUAGAGACAGGUAGAAGAGACGGUAAAGUAUCCGAUUUGUCAUUUGCAGCUAAAAUGCCAGAAGUGGAUGACUCUAUUGAAGUUCUCAAAGAAAAAUUCAAAACCAAAGGCUUUACCGAAAAGGACCUCGUCAUUUUGAGUGGGGCACAUACAAUUGGCACCACAGCUUGUUUUUUCAUGCCUAAAAGAUUAUACAACUUUACUGGAAAAUUAGAUGCAGAUCCAUCUAUCAAUCCCAAGUUCCUCCCAGAGUUGAGAAGAAAAUGCCCCAAAAAUGGAAACAUAAAUGUUCGGAUAUCACUUGAUAAUGGGAGUGAGAGAAAAUUUGAUGAUCAAAUUUUGCACAACAUAAAGAAUGGAUUUGCAGUUAUAGCAUCAGAUGCAAGGCUUUAUGAUGACAAUAUUACACGAGCAGUGGUUGAUUCUUAUCUUCAGCCACAGAGUCCAAAUCGUAAUUCAUCAUCAUUUGGAAAAGAUUUUGGUUUAGCCAUGGUAAAGUUGGGAAGGCUUGAGGUGAAGACUGGAUUAUUAGGAGAGAUUAGAAAGGUUUGUAAUUCUUUUAAUAAAAAAUAGUUAACAUUUUA